GAAAGCUUCGUUCUCUUUCUUGGCCUUCUUGCCCACGGUCAACAUCACAACAGCAGCCAUGCCGUUCGGAGGUGCCACAGUCAAGGAUGUAGAUCCUCACCAGUUUGUGAAGGCAUUUUCCGCCUUCUUGAAGAAGUCUGGCAAACUUCGUGUGCCCGGAUAUGCUGAUAUCAUCAAAACGGGCAAGCACAAGGAGCUUGGACCAUACGACCAGGAUUGGUUUUUCACUCGUGCUGCUUCAGUCGCACGCCACAUCUACCUGCGUGGUGGUGUCGGAGUUGGUGCUCUGAGAAAGGUGUAUGGAGGCCGCAAGAGACGCGGAACUCGUCCCUCUCACUUCUGCCUGGGAUCCUCCAGUGUCGCACGCGCUGUUCUUCAGUCAUUGGAAGCAGCAAAGUUGGUCGCCAAGGCUCAGGAUGGUGGCCGCGUCAUCACCGAUCAGGGACGCCGUGAUUUGGACAGAAUCGCAGGACAGGUUCUGGGACGUGGAGAGUGAGAGAUCUAACUAACUGUUGCUUUCCUGUUCUAAAUUUCUCACUUUGAUUCACCAUCAUUUCAAAGCUGAGAAAUUUUUGUAAAAAAAAAGACCAAAAA